AAGCGGCGUGAGGCAGAGGAGAGGAGGAGAGCGGAGCGGUUGAGAGUACAACACAACGCAGCAUAGAACCAGGCGGCGGUGCGGCGAGAGGAGGCGAUGCUGAAGAGCUGCGGGAGGAAGCUGCUCCUGUCCCUCGUGGGCUCCAUGUUCACCUGCCUCCUGGUGCUCAUGGUGGAGCCGCCGGGGCGGCCGGGGCUGGCCCGUGGGGAGGCCGGCGGGGCGCAGCGGGCACUGCAGAGCCUGGGGGCUGCGGGCCCCCCCGCGGCACAGGGUCCCCCCGCUCUCCGCAGCUUCGCCGACUACUUCGGGCGGCUGAGCCGAGCCCGGCGGGAGGUCCCCGCCGCCCCGCCGAGCCCCCCGCGGCCGCCGGCCGAGGACAUCUCCCCCCGCGAUGUCUUCAUCGCCGUCAAGACCACCAAGAAGUUUCACAAGGCGCGGCUGGAGCUGCUGCUCGACACAUGGAUCUCUCGCAACCGCGACAUGACCUUCAUCUUCACGGAUGGGGAGGAUGAGGAGCUGAAGAAGCAAGCACGAAAUGUCAUCAACACCAACUGCUCGGCUGCCCACAGCCGCCAGGCCCUGUCCUGCAAGAUGGCUGUGGAGUACGACAAGUUCAUUGAGUCAGGCAGAAAGUGGUUCUGCCACGUGGACGAUGACAACUACGUGAACGUGCGGACGCUGGUGAAGCUGCUCUCCAGCUAUCCACACACACAGGACAUCUACAUUGGGAAACCCAGCCUGGACCGGCCCAUCCAGGCUACUGAGAGGAUCAGUGAGAACAAGAUGCACCCUGUGCAUUUCUGGUUUGCCACGGGCGGAGCGGGGUUUUGUAUCAGCCGGGGGCUGGCGCUGAAGAUGAGCCCAUGGGCCAGCGGGGGCCACUUUAUGAGCACGGCAGAGAAGAUCCGCCUGCCCGAUGACUGCACCAUUGGCUAUAUCAUCGAGUCCGUGCUGGGAGUGAAGCUCAUCCGAAGCAAUCUCUUCCACUCCCACCUGGAGAACCUCCACCAGGUGCCCAAGACAGAGAUCCACAAACAGGUGACACUAAGCUAUGGCAUGUUCGAGAACAAGCGCAACUCCAUUCACAUGAAGGGAGCCUUCUCCGUUGAGGAGGACCCAUCCAGGUUCCGCUCCGUGCACUGCCUGCUGUACCCCGACACACCGUGGUGCCCCGCCAACAUGGUUUACUAGGAGAGGCACAUGUCCCCUCCAACCUCGUCCCCAAUUUCCCCGGUAUCCGACGGGCGUGCGGGACCUGCGUGCGGGUGUUUCAGUCCGGCCUCACCGCGAGGUGCAAGGAUGGACGGACGGACGGACGUCGUUGCUGUGGUAUUGCACAGUGUGUGUGUACUGAAGGCUGCUGUGCGGCCCCUUGUCCCCUGCCCUGCCUGCCCGGCUGCCCGUGCCCGCUGCCUGCUCUGGCCAGGGGGACGGGUCCUGAGCACUUAACCACUGGGCAUCCCCAUGGCACUGGUGGGCCCCACGCCAUGCGUGGGGAGCAACCGCAGUGCGGGGCUCUGCCUCCCCGGGCUUGCUUCUCCUUCUUUUGUUGUUUUUCCUUUCAAAUGUUAAGUUUUUUUGGUGUGUGCCUCCCCUCCUUGCCUCUCCCUGUUCCCUGUUCCCAUAACCUCUCAUCCAUCCACAUCCCCUCUCCUAUCCCCAAAAUCUCAGCAGCGAAGCUCCGGCUCUUGAUUCAGAUGAAGGGUCAUUGGUGAGUCUUGCUCCCCGGCUCCACAAACAGGUAGAAAACAGGCAGGGGAAGCCUCCUGGCCAUGGCAAAUGCUGCUCCAGGGUGCUGCAAAGGUGCUGUGUGCUCUAUGGCUGCACUGAAGGGAGACGGUGGGGUGGACUGCCAACUGGGGUGGACUGCACUAUAAAUAGUGCAUUGAUCCGUGCACUAUUUAUAGAGACUAAUGUAAAGACAUUCUAUAAAUACAGUGGGGGGGAAAAGGGCUUUUCUGGAGCCACCAGAGCAACGUGGGCACUGUCUGCAUGGGGUCUCCCUCCAGUGCCACCUCGGGCAGCCCUGCACCUUUGCACUUUGGGGGCAGGCCAGGGGCUCUAUGGGUGUGUGUGUCACCAGCGUGGGGCCACAGCAUCCUCCAGCGCUGGUCUGGGUGACUGGAGCACCUGAAAUGCACCUUGCCAUGGGCAGGCAUUUCCCAGCCUGGCCAUUGCUCUCUCCCUGUUGGGGAGGGAUUUAGGCAGGGAGGGAGAGGGAUCCUCAUCCCCCUGUGGCCACCCUGCCUGCUCCCUACAGCCCUGUGCCCCUGGGUUAUAAGUGGGCUGAGCCGGAGCUGAACGUUUCCAACAUGAAGCUGAGUGAAAAUAGCCCAUAAUGGGUGCAUUGUAAAUAUGUUAUUGAGCCAGUAUUUUUUUUACUGUGCCUUUUUUAAAGGGGAAAAAACACAAAAAAAAACCCAACACAUUGAGAAAUAUGUAGAUUUUAAAAUGCUUUUUAUACAUUUUCUGUGGAUCGGAAAAAGAAAAAUCCCCACCCUUUGAUAAUCUGUUUGAGAAAGAAAAAGAAAUAAUUGCGAUGUCUUUGUAACUAUCACUUACCUUAAUUUAUAUGUUCCAGUAUCUGGAACAUCACUCUGUGCUUUUUGUAACUAGGAAGUGUUGAAAGCAAUAGAUGUGGGAUGGGGAACCAGCAUGGACAGUGUGUUCUCAGGGACUUGAACCCGAUUGCUGCCACGGCGUUCCCGUGGGAGCGGUCACCAAUAAAGCGGCUUUUUUGCUGACCACAGUCA